CACUAUUUCUGCCGCCAUUCUUCACGAGCCGUCGAAAGAAAACGAAUCGUCUAGAAAACGCUAAUGCAACACUAAACCCUACUCGCCGUCGUCACCGCUGCCGACCCGGUUUCUUCCCCCCUUUGCGUUAUCGGCGAUGGCUGAACUGGCGAUUCCGGCCCCCGGGCACGGCUGCGCUCCAGCUUCCUUCAAGACCGUCUUCAUCGACACCAACCUCGACACUCGCUUGGCCUUGAUGAUCUCUUCCUCCGUCACCGUCGCCGAUCUUAAGAAAAAGAUCAUGGAUGAGCAUCCGCUGUGUUUCCCUAAGCUUGGAGAAAUAAAAGUCGAUGGAUUGAAGGUUGAAAGGAGAGGGUUUUACUAUCACUUGGCAGAGUCAAUGCUUGUGACAAAUGCCUUUGAUGGGCUUAAGGAAGAUUGGGUUGUUAGUAUUGAAGCUUCUACGGUAUCCAUGGAUAAGGAGGUUGAGCCUGAAAUGGCUAACUUAGCCUUAAUGAGAAUGAACAAUGGGUUGGAGGAGGAAGGUGUUAAUGUUGUUCUAGAUAGGCAUCACAAUGUUAUGUUCGAAAGGGAUUUGUUGGUUUCUCAGAAGGAGAGCAAUGACCUUUGUGUCGAAGUUGCUCGGGGAGCUCAACUUGUUGGUGGUGAUGAUUGUGGUGACCAAGUUUUGUCAAUGGUGCCGUUGGUUACUGAUGAAGUUGUUAGAGAAGAGAAAUGUGAUGAAGAAAAAACUCAGGAUAUGGAUGUUGAAAAUACAGCAACUGGGAAAGAUUUGAGUAAGAUUGAAGCAAGUAGUGUAUUGCCAGAAGGAACUUCUGAUGUGAAGGAAAAACGUAAGAACAGAAAGAGAAGGAAAAAGGUUGUAGAUGAUCUUUCUGGUGAAAAUGUUGAUGUGUCCAUGCACAAGUUGGUAACAAAGGGAGGAGAGGAAGGGAUUAAACUAUCCAAGACUACUGCUUCGCAGGAAAGAAGUGAAGUGGACAUUGUUUCAGUAAAGGGUUUGUUAGUUUGUCAAAAGGAGAGCACUGACCUUGUUGAAGUUGCUUUGGGAGCUCGUGGUGAUGAUUGUGGUGACCAAGUUUUGUCUAUGGUGCCAUUGGCUACUGAUGAAUUUGUUAGAGACGAGAAAUGUGACGAAGAAACUCAGGAGAUGAAUAUGGAAAGAACAACAAUUGGGAAAGAUUUCAGUAAUUUUGACACAAGCAGUGUAUUGCCAGAAGGAGCUUCUAAUAUGAAGGAAAAACGCAAGAAGAAAAAGAGAAGUAAAAAGCGUGUAGAUGAUCUUUCUGGUAAAGAUGUUGAUCUGUCAAUCCACAAUUUGGGAACAAAGGGAGGAGAGGAAGAGAUUAAACUAUCCAAGACUACUGGUUCGCAGGAAAGAAGUGAAGUGGUUAUUAGUGAUAUCCAGAUCAUUGUUUCAAAAAAGGGUCCGUUGGUUUCUCAAAAGGAGAGCACUGACCUUGUUGAAGUUGCUCGGGCAGCUCAACGUGUGGGUGGUGAUGAUUGUGGUGACAAAGUUUUGUCAUUGGUGCCGUUGGUUAGUGAUGAAUUUGUUGGAGAAGAUAACUGUGAUGAAGAAAAAACUGAGAAGAUGGAUGGUGAAAGAACAGAAAUUGGGAAUGAGUUGAGUAAGAUUGAUGAAAGCAGUGUAUUGCCAGAAGGAGCUUCUGAUGUGAAUGAAAAACGUAAGAAGAGAAAGAGAAGUAAAAAGGGUGCGGAUGAUCUUUAUGUUAAAAAUAUUGAUGUGUCAAUGCACAAGCUGGGAGCAAAGGGAGGAGAUGGAGAUAUUAAACUACCUGAGACUACUGCUUUGCAGGAAAGAAUUGAAGUGGACAUUGGUGAUAUGCAGAUAAUUGUUUCAGAAUCUAAUGCAAUGACCUGUCAAUUGUCAAGCCAAAGCUUGGCGAAGAAGAAACGAAAAAUCAAGUCUUUUAAGAAAGUAGAUAAAGAAAAUGUUGGAAUAACUCCUGGUGAAGCGAGUGCUGGUGAAGAGGUACCUCUGAAGGAAGCUGAAUUUAAAAGUGGCACUGUUGCUGAAGAGGCGCCUCCUUCAGAUACACAAAUGACGCAGCCUUCUGGUGUUUCUUUGAUGGAGAAGGACCCUGAUCCUCUCCAAGAGCAACAGAACAAUCUUCCUUUACAAGGUAUCAAUGAGUUUCAGGAACCAACAACUAAUGACAUGAAUAGAGUUGAAACAGAACAAGAGGUGCCCAAGACUGUUUCUACAGAAGUGCACAAAGAAGUUGUUGAUUCUGUAUCACACGAGGUUGAUCCGUAUGUUGAUGAUGGGAAAACAUCGAAGAAAAGAAAGAAAUCCAGGAAACAUAAGGUACUCAUGUGUGGAACAGUAUCAAUUGCUUCAGAUGCUGAUCAUGUUAGAGAUUGUUAUGAUGUACACGAGAAAGUAGGUAAGGCUGAGAACUCUAUUCUUGGAGCUGCUGAAAAGGGAGAUGUGAAAGAAGUGGCAGCAGCUGAUAGUCCGACGGCUUCUCUUUUGGUUACAGAUAAGGAAAGCGAUGAGUUUAUUAAAAAUGCGGUAGAAUCUUCACAGGAGACCACAAAGACUGAAACUGUUUCAGAAAACAGAGAAGGGAAACUGAGAAAGAAAACAAAGAAGAAGAAGCAUGGUUCAGAUGGUAAGAACACCGUACUACUGAUACAAACAGAAGACAAGUGCCCUGAUCAAAGUAUUUUAGCUCCUUCCAUGGCCAACAUUUGUGGCACAGAUUCUUCUACAUUCCCUUAUGAUGCCAUGGCCAAAAUUUGUGGCACAGAUUCUUCUACAUUCCCUUAUGAUGCUAAUCUGCGAAAUCCGAGUCUCAAAGACUCAUUAGAUAGAGCAGAGAUCUUGUCUCCUCCAGAGGAAGUUGGCGGCAAUGCGGAAAAUGCCAGCGAGGUUGAUGGAAUCGACAUCAGCUCUAAUUUCAUUCCAAGAGAGCAGAAUACUAAGACUGCUGAUCCUAGUGAGGUUACUGGAGCUUGGGCUGAAAUGAAAAGUGAAAAGAGAGGGGAAGUCCAAGAGGCAAACCUGCAUGACAUCUCUCCCAAGUUAGGGUAUCCAACGUUGAAGGAGAAACUUGAAGCCCAUGCAAAGCCUCAGGAAAAGAAUGCAGUACCUGGUAUAGUAGAUGAGCAAAAACCUCAUUGUGAAGAGGCUCAAGAAAAUGCUAUGACUCGUCCAAUCGGUGGCAAGCCAAACAAGUGCAUAGAGGAACAUCAUUCGGAGAGUUUGACAAACUCGAGUUCCCACACCAAAAGAGAUAAUAGGGAUCAAUCUCAAAGCCAGCAAACCGAUGUGAAUGGUGGGGGAGGCUAUAAUGCUCAUCCAGGCGAAGUUGUGAAUGACAUGCUUCAUCAGAAGCAGGUUGUUUUUUCAAGAUCACUAUUCAAGCAGACUCCAUUUGGCGAUGAUUCAGAUGAUAGCUUGGAGUCCUAUCAUUUUCCAUCUCCACCCCACCAUACACGUGCCAGCUCCCCGGAUCCUGAUCUCUCAGUAUCUCCUGUCCACUCGGAUAAAGAAACUGAUGCUGGGUUCGACAGCAUGAACAGAAAUGGCAGUAGUGGUCGAGAAGGCAUGAAGACACCGUUGGAUUCCACUGGACACAAUCCUGAAAAGUUCAAAGAGAUACAGGAAGGCCAAGCUGGAUACUGAAUCACAGCCUGAAGAUUUUGUCCCCUGUAGUCUGAGCACAUAAAAUGGUCAAAUCGUGAAAUCCGUCGUCGCCACAAAGACGCACAUUCUUUUGUUGAUCGCAGCAAGUCUGUUAGAAACCCACUUUUGGAUUAUUUUGGUAUUUGGACUUGUUUUUCGCUUUAUUGACUUCGGAUGUUAUUUUGUGGGUUUUGGCAUAUUCGGGUUUAUUUGGUUGUUUAUGUUAGGAGGUAUUAGUUUGGUCGGUUAGUAUUCGAGUUAUAUAUUCUGUAAUUAGUGGAUAUCUUCUCAUUAUCCAAAUACAGAAUAGAACUCCUC